AAACGCUGGGUGGCGGGAGGAAGCAAUCCUCGACCGAGAUUCCGUUGAUUAUGAAGCAGUCGCGGUGGCGACGAGGCUCCAAAUUGUCGGAGGGACGAGUUCGCUGUUUUUACAAGGCUAUUCCGGGUCCUGCCUGCGGUGGAACUCGUGUUUCGUCGGCAAAAGGGACCGAUGUGUGUUCUCAAUUGGAGGUUAGGGUUUGUCGGGCGGGUGUUGCGUUCUGUGCUCGUUGUUUGCACUGCCGACUGACUGACAUUUCUGACUCUGGCUCAGCUCGGGGCCAUGCGCUUCUGGUGACGCUCAUAAAAAAUCGACGGGAGGGCGUAUAUGCCUUGGCGUCAGCUCGUUGCUGAUGGGCUCGCCGAUCUUGGAGGAUAUCGUCGAUGAGCGGUGGGGAAUUUCGCCUCUUGUGACGUUCGUUCCACGCAGCAGGACGGAAGCCUUUUUGUGUGGGGUCAGGGGGGAGGCGAGGAGCUUGGAUUGCGAGGUUUUUAGCUUCCUAGCGUUCGUGAAACUGUGAUUUUUGUGGGGGUUCAGCUUCUCGACGUUUUUUGCACCUAGAGGAAAAUGGCCGACUCACUCGAUGACAUGCUCUUGGAAGCCGCUGGUCGGCCGAAGGGUGGCCAUGGCGAUGUCAAGGCCGGGUCGUCGAGUCGCCCUCCGAAGCGUCGAGGACCUGUCAACGAUAGCAGUUCUGACGAUCGGAGUGGGGGAUCGGAGAAUGACUUUGACGACGACGAUGAUUAUGAGAGAGGCAGAUCCAGUCGGAAGGCCGAAGGGUCCAAAAUGCCGCUCAAGAAAAGGUUCGAUUCCGCGGAAAAGGACGGGGACGAAGGGGAGCGCGAUGGGUAUGAGAGCGACAUAUCCUUCGGCAGUGAUUUGUACAAAGAUGACGAAGAUCGAGCCCGCCUGGCUGCGAUGACUGAACUGGAUCGAGAAAUGAUUCUGCAUGAUCGAGCCGAGGCCCGAGACAAUCACAAGAUGAGGAAAGAUGCCGGCGCUCGGCACAACCGAGUGCAAAAUAAAGCAGCGAAGCCGAGGGAGAGAGACGUAGGCCCGCCAUCUUCUCGAAUUCGUUCUUCCUUCCGGGAGUCGAGAGAGACUCCAAGAACUUCCAAGGAGAAUGCUUUGCAUGAACUUGUGCAGAGGAGGCAGCGUGCUCAAGACCCCGAGCUGCAAAAGAAAAAUCGAGACACCCCUGCUUCUGCUUCCAGGGAGAGAGAUAGACGCUCUUCUGCGAGGAAGACUCGCAACAGAAGCUACUCCGACUCAGACUACAGCGACGAUGACGACGAGAGUAGCAGGGAGGAUGACGAUCGGAGUGUCGGGGCUUCGGACGACGAUGACGUCAGGAAAGGCGAGCCAGAUGCAGACUGGCAGGACAUCAAGAGCAUCACCAUCAGGCGCUCGAAGCUGCACAAGUGGUUUAUGGAGCCCUUUUUUGAGGAUGUCAUUGUCGGAUGUUACGUCCGAAUCGGAAUCGGUGUCUCAAGUUCCGGUCAGAGUAUAUACCGAGUAUGCUCUGUGAAGAACGUGGAUGCGACAGCAAUCGAGAAGCAGUACAAGUUCGAGAACCGAAUGACCCACAAGUAUUUGAAUUUGGUUUGGGGCGACGAGAACUCAGCUGCACGGUGGCAAAUGGUAAGAGCUUCGGAUCAGGCACCCACCGAGAAAGAAGUGUUGGAAUUGUUCAGAGAGAUCGAUCGUUGCGGCGGCAAGAAACUUUCCAAAGCUGACGUUCAAGAAAAGCGAGAGGCUAUUGCGAAGGUUAGCUCGUUUGUGUACUCUGCUGCAACUGUCAAGCAGAUGAUUCAGGAAAAAAAGAACGCCACGUCCCGUCCGUCGAAUAUCGCCCUGGAGAAGGAUCGUAUCGUGAAGGAACUAGCUGCGGCGGAGAAUAAAGGGGACCAUGGGGAGAUAGAUAGGCUGCAGGCCCGGCUGAGGGAGCUGGAAGAAUUCUCAUCGCAGGUGAAAAGCAAGGACUCCAAGGCGUUGGCUCUGGCGGAGAUGAACCGAAAGAACAAAUUCGAGAAUUUCAAGAAUGCCUCGGACUUGAAACCUGUGAAUGUGGACGCCAAGGCCGGAGAAGCGGGAUACGAUCCCUUCUCUCGCCGAUGGACGCGCUCUCAAAACUAUUACAAGACAGACGGUCCCAAGGACGAAUCUGUUGUAGACGAAGCAGAUGAAGGGGCCGGUAGAGAGAAGCCUGUUGCUACGUCCUCCGAAGCUGCUGCGUUGUACAGAGGAGUCCCUUCCGGUGUAGCCAAAACGAAGUUGUUUGAAAUCCACGACUUCGACAUCCAUAUUUCUCUCGCUCCUCUCCAGCAGUUAGGGGGAAGUCAGGGAGCCCAUGCUGCGUACAUGUCCCGUAAGCAGAAGCUUGAAGCUAGUUGCGGCGCGCAGAUCGACAGCAGUGAUGGUAGACGCCACACUUUGACUUUGACAGUGAACGAUUACAAGCGUAGGAGAGGCUUGUUAUGAGUAAGUCAACAAGCCUUUCCUGGUGUUCUACCACAUCUCUUUGUAAUCUUGCUUGUGAUUGUUUGUGAAUUUUGUUUCCAAGGGUGACAGCGUUUUGUUACGUACAUGUGAUACUUUUCUGAGCUCCUCCAUCUCGAAGCUGAAGCACCGAGACAUGUCGAUGAAACCUGUCACGCUAUACACAUCCACUUCGGCCGAUGUGCCGCUAAUCACUGUUUCUGCAGGAAAUGUUCAUCAUGUGGACAUGCAAGAAGAAUCGACUCCGGUUUGUAGGUAGAGAAGGACUUUCCGCACUGAUAUUGGUUUCACAGUGGAGUGUAUGAAAUCGCGAAGAGUGUUCAACCUCGAGGUAGAUCGGACGAACGGACUGACCAGUUGAAUGCAUCCGUAUGUCUAUCGGCGUAAGAACUGCGAAGUGUCUUGAGAGAACGAGUUGCGCGAGGGUUGGUCGUUGCUCCAUCAACUACAUGCCUCGCCACGAGUGGCCGAUUUUGAUGAGAUGAUACCGCUGAGAAGAGUGGGGUCUGUGGAUAUGUCCAUACCCAAGGAAGAGUCACAGUAACGAGGAACCAACUUGGCAAAGGAGACGCUGAUGAUGGAGGUAUAAGUGUUUUCUUCUGCGAUUGAACCAAGGUUUGUUGGUAGAACUUUAUUUGUACAAAGUCCACCGCAGGGACUUACAAGGACACAAUGAAUCGUCUAGUGCCAAAGCGUGGGGUAAAACAAAUGGCCCAAUUAGACACAAAAUUUCUGGGAAGGCAUAUUAAGAGGAAAGGGAGGGUGGAAAGAUGGACCAUAACCAGGAACACCGCUCCGAACCCGGAGGUCAUUUUGAAACGACGUUAUGACAAAAUUGGGCAAUCUGUCCGAUGGGACAUACUUUCCAUCCGAAGACCAUCACAGCAUCACCACAGGUUCCGGGAGGGUCCCGGGGGAUUCUAUUGGGUACAGUGGACAACGAGGAGCCGAUAUGAACGCUCAACCCAAGAGAGUGUUAACGAAGCCUCUGGAGGUCGGGGACAUCCAAUUAUAGCGACUAUUUUGACGAUGCCUUGAGAGAGGAAGGUAACCGGAGUUUGGCAAAUUUUCAGAUAGUUCUCUCCUGUAAGUAUCCAGAUUGAGACAGGCAUGUACAUUAUAUUUGUUUCUAAUAAUUCACGAUCUGAGAUAUUAGUAAACUACAUUAGGCUUUAUAUCUUGGAUACUCUAGGAGGCACUUAUGUAGUUUGCAGCAGGUGACUCGAAAUGUGAUCUACAUCCGUAGUUUGAAGAUUUUCCCAACUACGGAAUAAGAUGUACAAAGCUAGCUAGGAGCUGGAGCAUGAGAGUUUUCAAGUACCCCGACCUAGACAAAUAUGCAGGUUUCAAAGAAUAUGAUAAUAACCAAGAUUGAAGCAUUACAACGUUG